CUUCUUCUUCUUCUUCUUCUUCUUCUUCUUCUUCUACUCUGUCUUCCCCAUCAUCGGUUCCGACGAGUCACAUCACUCGAAAAUCUGAGAAAUAAAGGGGCUCCCGCGAUCAAGCUCUUCGUUUCGAACCCUAAUUUUUCAGGGAAAGCAAAGGGAAAAAAAAUGGUGGGUAAUAACAACUCGUUGGCGGGUCUACAAGAUCACUUGAAAUUAGCGAGAGAAUACGCACUAGAAGGUUCCUAUGACACCUCAAUCAUCUUCUUCGAUGGCGCCAUUGCUCAGAUCAACAAGCAUUUAAACAGCCUUGACCAUCCUAUGUCACGGACGAAAUGGAUGAACGUCAAAAAGGCGGUAAUGGAAGAGACCGAAGUUGUGAAGCAGUUGGAUUCAGAGAGGAGAGCGUUUAAAGAAGCUCCCACUGGUCGUCGCCUUCGUCCUUCUUCUCCUCCUAUCAAGACUAAGUCCUCCUUUGUCUUUCGGCCCUUGGAUGAGUAUCCAACUUCAUCCUCCGGUGGUGCUCCGUUUGAUGAUCCUGAUGUCUGGAGGCCUCCCACCCGUGACGUCUCUAGCCGAAGACCCGCCAGGGCUGGUCAGAGUGGUAUGAGAAAGUCACCUCAAGAUGGGGCUUGGGCUCGUGGUGGUGGUGGUGGCCCAGCGACACGGACAGCUGCUCCAGCUUCCCGAGGUGGAAGAGGCAGUAAGUCUAGCGCACGCUCUUCCGCUGUAGGAAAGAAAGGAGGAGCUGCCUCCAGAUCUACCAAGCCUGAGUCUACUAAUGGGGAUGGUGAAGACGGGAAAUCGAAAAGGGGAUUGUAUGAGGGACCUGAUGAGGACCUGGCUGCUAUGCUUGAAAGGGAUGUGUUGGACUCAACUCCUGGUGUCCGUUGGGAUGAUGUUGCAGGUUUGUCUGAAGCCAAAAGGCUGCUUGAGGAGGCUGUUGUCCUUCCUCUAUGGAUGCCUGACUACUUUCAGGGUAUUAGAAGACCGUGGAAAGGAGUUCUCAUGUUUGGUCCUCCUGGGACGGGUAAAACUCUGUUGGCAAAAGCAGUUGCAACCGAGUGUGGUACCACCUUCUUCAACGUCUCUUCUGCUACGUUAGCUUCAAAAUGGCGUGGAGAGAGUGAGCGGAUGGUCAGAUGCUUGUUUGAUCUUGCCAGGGCCUAUGCUCCAAGCACCAUUUUUAUUGACGAGAUCGACUCUCUUUGCAAUUCUCGGGGGGGUUCCGGAGAGCAUGAGUCGUCAAGAAGGGUGAAAUCAGAACUCCUAGUUCAAGUAGAUGGAGUGAGCAAUACAGCGACAAAUGAAGAUGGUAGUCGCAAAAUAGUUAUGGUGUUAGCAGCUACCAAUUUCCCUUGGGACAUAGACGAAGCUCUCAGGAGGAGGCUGGAAAAGCGUAUAUACAUCCCACUUCCAGAUUUAGAAAGUCGCAAGGCUCUUAUCAAUAUCAAUCUGAGAACAGUUGAGGUGGCGAGUGAUGUGAACAUUGAAGAUGUGGCAAGGAGAACGGAAGGGUACAGUGGAGAUGAUCUGACAAACGUGUGCAGGGACGCGUCAAUGAACGGGAUGAGACGGAAGAUAGCCGGGAAAACAAGGGAUGAGAUCAAGAACAUGUCAAAGGACGAUAUCUCAAACGAUCCUGUGGCUAUGUGUGAUUUCGAAGAGGCCAUUAAGAAAGUGCAACCCAGUGUGUCUUCCUCUGACAUUGAGAAACACGAGAAGUGGUUCUCUGAGUUUGGAUCUGCUUAAACCAACCCACUUUUUUUCAUUUUAACAAAACAAACUUUGUUGUCUGAGCUUUGUUGUGCUUGUUUAUAUUAUUAUCUAUUAAUUUGCCAUUUAUCAAACAUUAUGUUGUUUUGUAUUAAGUAAAGGACUGUUUAUUUUUA